AUGGAUCGUAUUGAAGCGCUUCUCGGUGACGUGAAAAAAGAGCUGACGACGUAUAGGAGUGCUGUUACUACUGGCCUAGUCAGUGGAAUAAAAAACUACCUGACGUCAUUGAUCGAUUUGGCAAUGCAGACAUCGAAUAAAGAUGUAGUAUCUUCGAUGCAAUCGAUGUCGUCAGGGAUGUCGGAACUCAAUGACGAAAUUAAAAGACUUACUACUGUGACGAUUGAUAUGGCGGCUAACUCAACCAUGCAGCACUACCCAACAAUAGGACUGGAAAUUCUCGAUGAGUUGAAGAUACUAUCUACAAAUUUUGCAGUGGCUCAUAAAAGAAAUGUACAUUUGCCUACGCCGCCGGCUGAGGGCCCAAGUUUGUAUGCUGAAUUAAACGCGGGCGAUGAAAAUGAAAAUAUGGUUGACAAUUCUGGAUGGCGAGUUUUGGGCAACAAGAAGGUAUGGAAAGCCUCGUGGCUUGAGUACGAUCAAAAGGAAUCACGUCGUCUAGAGCAGGAAAGAAGAGCUGAGCAAGCUAGAAGUAGAAGGAGGCGAAAUCGAAGGAAUCGUAACGUCGCUCACAAUAAUAACGUAAAUAACAACCGUAGGCAAAACAAUUACAACAACAACCGCAGAAAUAUCAACAAUAACAACAAUCACCGCGGAAAUAGUAAUAAUAACAACGUGAACUUCAGAUCCAACAGUUAUUACUCCAAUAAUAACCGUAACACAAAUCGUAAUAAUCGUAGGCAAAACAAUUACAACAGCAACCGCAGUAAUAUCAACAAUAACAACAACAAUCACCGCGGAAAUAGUAAUAAUAACAACGUGAACUUCAGAUCCAACAGUUAUUACUCCAAUAACAACCGUAACACAAAUCGUAAUAAUCGUAACAACAACAGCAACCGUAAUUUCAACUAUACUAGGACUCAGAAUCAAAAUACCUGGCUUCCACCUGAUAGAGUACUUCUUGCAGCAGCAAAAGAUCAGUUUUCUAGGCCACCAGCUAAUUAUCAUCCAUCAAUACAGUUCCAAAGAGGUGAAAUUUUAAACCCGUAUCCGGUAAAUGGUAAUCUACAACGAUCUCUUCCGGCCCACACUUCCGACCUGAUGGCUCCAGGGCAUCCUCCAGGUGGAUCAUGUGACGCGUGUUCAUGUCGACACACGUGUUUUCGGAGCACUCGACGCACUCCCUAG